AGGCGCUGGGGGCGGGGCGGCACCCGGCCAGCUGAGGCUGCCCAGCAAAUCCGAGGCCUGGUUCGCGAUGCUGAGAUAUUAACGAGUGGGGCCAAAGGGGCAGAAAAGUAGGAGUUAGGGGCUGCUCAGGUUCCUAGGGCCCUUUGUGCUCUGGAUAGCUUUAUCCAACAGGCUUCUAAGAGUUCGUCUGAAUGAAGGAGUGUCACUAAAAUGUUUGAAAACCUCUACAUGCCAUCUACCCAUGCCAAGCACAAUGCCCUCACAGAGAGUCAAUAAAUAUUUCGAUUGAGGUAUCUGAACAAGACUAGAAGAAAGCUUCACCACUUAUUCCUUGAGCAACAUUCAGUUAAUUCAUUAAGAAAUACAGAUACUGAGCAUCUACUGUACGCCUGGUACCUUGCUGUGAGUUUCAGAUACAGAAAUCAGGUAUUUAAUCGACAGCUCGACAUGUUCAAUGCUAUGGUGUCCUGUGGGAGCACAGGGAAAGAGAUAAUCAAUUCUGCUUGGAGAAGUCGGGAGGCCUCACAGAUGAAGUGAGACCUCAGUGUCCUAGAUUUGGCUGGAAAAAUGUUAGGAUUAUCCUCUCAAUUGCUGUGGAGUAAGUGGAGUGGAAUAGACGGCAGGGAAAUUAUUGAACCCUGACCAAAAUUUCCUUGGGACCUAAGCAAUUCAUUGUCCGGUGAUCCUAAGGCCUACAUUAACUAGACAAACAAGACUGGAGUUUAAAGAUAAAUGGGCAUGUUAGCAUGGGACAAUUCUGCAAGAUAAUCCUAUCGUUUCAAUAGAAAUGGCAUUUGUCACCAACUUUGACAAGAGGUUUAGUUAGUUUGGUUGUAACUGCAAAUUCAGGGAUGGACUCCCUCACAGGUCAUGUGAGCUGUUUGAAGGCAGGGGCAGCGUUUUAUCUUUGUAUCUUCCAUGCCUAUGGAUCACCUAUGGCAAAUUAGUACCUAUAAAUUUGAUCGGAGGGAUGGAUGGAUAAAAUAAAAUUGAUUUUGUUACUGGCAUCCAUCACACCCACGAACACCAGAGGGCUUAAGAUACACUUUUUUUUUUUUUUUUUGAGGGAAGUCUCGCUCUUCUCCCCCAGGCUUGAGUGCAAUGGCUCGAUCUUGGUUCACUGCGACCUCUGCCUCCUGGGUUCAAACGAUUCUCCUGCCUCUGCCUCCCAAGUAGCUGGGAUUAAGGCCCCUGCCACCACGCCCAGCUAAUUUUUGUAUUUUUUAGUAGAGACGGGAUUUGCCCAUGUUGGCCAGGCUGGUCUCGAACUCCUGACAUCAGGUGAUCCGCCCGCCUCGGCCUCCCAAAGUGCUGGGAUUAUACGCGUGAGCCAUCGCGCCCGGCCAAGAUACGCUUUUAAGGAUGGCGAUCUCCAUUAUGUCACCACUGUACACAUUAGACACGGGAAAACUUAUGUUCUAAGUUGUCUUUGGAGGCCAUUAGCAGAAAUAUUCGUUCAAAGGUGGGAAGCUGUGCUGGACUGAGUCCCUUAGGAGACGAGAAAGCCAAAAAGCCCUCCCCAUGCCAUGCCUGACUACCUCACUGGCUUCCCAUGACAUCCCUUUUCACAGCAACUGAAACCUACUUCCUGUCCGAUCAGGAAGUAAGAAAGACGUUGGCUGUCAGCGGAUCCCGCGGAGAAAUAACUGUAAAGAGUCUCCGUGCUGGAAACCUCCUCCAGCACUAGAACUCAAGAUCUCCUUUCCCCUACCCCUUCAGGAUUCAUCUUUAACUUAUCACGGAUACUGAGUGAGUCAGUCGCGGUUAACAGACCGUUACAUCCACUUCUACCAGGCGGACACUACAAGUCCCAGAAUACAAUUCGCUGCCUUCCGAAGAAAAUCGCUCACGCAUCCCAGCAUGCAAUGUGCUGACGAGCCGCGAAGAUUGUUUUUGUCCCGCCGAAAUCGAGCAAAGCACGCUGGAACUUGUAGUCCUUGAGGCCCCUUCCCUAGGUCCUUCGAGCUACUCCGUCUGGCCCCGCCUAUUCUCUGCUCUCCUGAACCUUUAGGCUUGUCUCGGCCCAUUUGAAGACCAGGAAGUUGAUCAAUCCCGAGGCUGCUGAGAGACGGUGGCGCGAUUGGGACAGUCGCCAGGGAUGGCUGAGCGUGAAGAUGCAGCGGGUGUCCGGGCUGCUCUCCUGGACGCUGAGCAGAGUCCUGUGGCUCUCCGGCCUCUCUGAGCCGGGAGCUGCCCGGCAACCCCGGAUCAUGGAAGAGAAAGCGCUAGAGGUUUAUGAUUUGAUUAGAACUAUCCGGGACCCAGAAAAGCCCAAUACUUUAGAAGAACUGGAAGUGGUCUCGGAAAGUUGUGUGGAAGUUCAGGAGAUAAAUGAAGAAGAAUAUCUGGUUAUUAUCAGGUUCACGCCAACAGUACCUCAUUGCUCUUUGGCGACUCUUAUUGUUGGAAAUCUACAUUUCUGAAGGAACCCACUCAACAGAAGAAGACAUCAAUAAGCAGAUAAAUGACAAAGAGCGAGUGGCAGCUGCAAUGGAAAACCCCAACUUACGGGAAAUUGUGGAACAGUGUGUCCUUGAACCUGACUGAUAGCUGUUUUAAGAGCCACUGGCCUGUAAUUGUUUGAUGUAUUUGUUUAAACUCUUUGUAUAAUGUCAGAGACUCAUGUUUAAUACAUAGGUGAUUUGUACCUCAGAGCAUUUUUUAAAGGAUUCUUUCCAAGCGAGAUUUAAUUAUAAGGUAGUACCUAAUUUGUUCAAUAUAUAACAUUCUCAGGAUUUGUAACACUUAAAUGAUCAGACAGAAUAAUAUUUUCUAGUUAUUAUGUGUAAGAUGAGUUGCUAUUUUUCUGAUGCUCAUUCUGAUACAACUACUUUGCGUGUCAAAUAUCUACUGUGCCCAAAUGUACUCAAUUUAAAUCAUUACUCUGUAAAAUAAAUAAGCAGAUGAUUCUUA